CCACCAUCUCUACCAUACCCUUGUCACAUCUCCAAAGUCCCAACAAAACCCAUUUCCCCAAAUCUCUCCAAAACACUUCCUUCAAGCAAAAUGCAGCAGAAUCACAAGGAGAAAGAGAAUGAAGUUCGGGAAGGAAUUCACGGCACAGAUGGUGCCGGAAUGGGAAGGAGCAUACAUGGACUACAAUUUCCUGAAAACCCUUUUGAAAGAAAUAUUGAGGUUCAGGCAAAGAACCAGGUCAUCACCUACUACUACAGCUACAGCAGCACCCCAAGGUGGCUUGAAAAGGAAGUUAACUCUUUACAGAGCCUUCAGCGGCUUAACACAAAAGAACAACACCAACUACAACCGUAUGACGAAAUCUCCCCACCAAGACGAGGACGACGACGAAGACAUCGAGAGCCAGACCAUUCUGGUGAAUGCUGUGAAUAAUCAGGUGGGAGGGGGAGAAGGAGGAGGGCCUCAGAGUUACCAGACGACGUUCUUGAUGGCCUCCGACGAAGGAGGAGAGUACGAGCUGGUGUACUUUCGGCGGCUGGAUGAUGAGUUCAAUAAGGUGAACAAGUUCUACAAGUGCAAAGUGGAAGAGGUGUUGAAGGAAGCCGAUUCCUUGACGAAGCAAAUGGAUGCUUUGAUUGCGUUUAGGAUCAAGGUUGAGAACCCGACCGGGUGGUCUCAUGAUGAUAGGAAAGCUCAGAUGACUCGGCUGGCCUCGGAUGUUGCUGCUUCUGCUGCUGCGUUGUCUGCUACUACUCCUUCUGGAGCCAAAGCAAGCAGAAACGUUCAUUUAAUGGAAGUUAUUGAGGAAGGAUCAAUCAGUCACGAGCAAUCAUCAUCGGAUGGGUCAUCCAGCCAAGACGAGGAUGAUGCAGAGAAAGAGGAGAAACCCAAGAAGAAACCAAACAACAUCAAUGCGGUGAGACCAUCUCAACUGGAGGUGUUGGACCGCGUGAAGAUGAAUAACACCUCCGAGACACCACGAUCCACCAUUAAAGGAUUCCUCCAGGUCCCUGGCCACAAGGAGCUCAAAUUCACGAGGGAGAACCUCAGGAAGGUAGAGGAGCAGCUCAAACGUGCUUUCGUGGAGUUCUACCAGAAGCUUCGCCUUCUCAAGAGCUACAGCUUCCUGAACACACUCGCGUUUUCGAAAAUCAUGAAGAAGUAUGAUAAGAUUACUUCGAGAAGUGCAUCAGCAGCUUACAUGAGAAUGGUGGAUAACUCGUACCUGGGAGCUUCUGAUGAUGUUACCAAGCUGAUGGAGAGGGUUGAAGCUACAUUCAUCAAGCAUUUCUCAAAUGCUAAUCGCAGUAAAGGAAUGAACAUAUUGAGGCCAGCAGCUAAAAGAGAAAGGCAUAGGACAACAUUUACUAUGGGGUUCUUCUCUGGCUGCACAGCUGCUCUUUUCAUAGCCCUAAUCCUGGUCGUCAGAGCUCGCAAUAUCAUGGAUAAGGAAGGGAGGCAAAAGUACAUGGUGACCAUGUUUCCAAUUUACAGCUUUUUCGGCUUCGUUGUUCUGCACAUUGUCAUGUAUGCUGCAAACAUCUACUUCUGGAGGCGAUACCGGGUCAACUAUUCCUUCAUUUUUGGGUUCAGGCCAGGGACUGAAUUAGGGUACCGGCAAGUCUUCCUGGUGGCUUUUGGUAUUGCAGUCCUAGCACUUUGCAGUGUACUCUCGAAUCUCGACAUGGAAAUGGAUCCCGUGACAAAGGAUUACCAAGCAUUUACUGAACUCAUCCCUCUGGGCCUGCUCACUCUGCUCCUGGUUUUGUUGUUCUUGCCAUUCAACAUCCUGUAUCGCUCUUCUCGCUUCUUCUUGCUCACAUGUAUCUUCCACUGCAUCGUUGCUCCCCUCUACAAGGUCACACUACCAGAUUUCUUCUUGGCAGAUCAACUAACCAGCCAGGUGCAAGCAAUCCGAAGUCUGGAGUUCUACGUCUGCUAUUAUGGUUGGGGCGACUUCAGACAUAGGGAGAACACUUGCAGGGAUAGUGGGGUUUACAACACUUUCUAUUUCAUUGUCGCUGUCAUCCCAUUUGUGUCACGCCUCCUUCAGUGCCUUCGCCGGUUGUUUGAAGAGAAAGAUCCCAUGCAAGGUCUCAAUGGGUUGAAGUACUUCGUGACGAUAGUAGCAGUCACCAUGAGAACAGCCUACACCUUGAACGAAGGAAUUGCUUGGCUUGUACUAGCUUGGAUAUUCUCGGCCAUUGCAGCCAUUGGCUCCACUUACUGGGACCUCGUCUUCGACUGGGGGCUUCUUCAGCGCCACUCCAAGAACUGGUGGCUCAGAGACAAACUCCUUGUCCCCCACAAAAGGGUAUACUACUUGGCAAUGGUAUUGAAUGUGUUGCUGAGAUUCGCUUGGCUGCAAACGAUCCUUGGUUUGAAUCUAAGCACCCUACAUAGGCAAACUACGGUCACCAUUUUUGCAUGCUUGGAAAUAAUUCGUAGAGGCAUCUGGAACUUCUUCAGGUUGGAGAAUGAGCAUCUUAACAAUGUAGGGAAAUACCGAGCGUUCAAAUCCGUACCUUUGCCUUUCAACUAUGAUGAAGAUGGUGACAAGGAUGAGCAACUUUCUUUUAACUCAGGCUGUACUGCCAGGGUCCGAAACUGUACAAUUCUGCGACGGAGUUCAUUGAAGUCUUCAAGGUUCAAGUUUUCUAGUCUUCGUUCAGACCUAAUCGCUUCCAUUUUUCUCAUUGUGAGAAACAGGAAUUCAUCUACUUAGCUUUGAGGGAUAAUUAGUUGGUUUCAGAUGCUGACAUUAAUCAAUAUAUCAGAACAUU